CCCCCCCCACCUUUCCCUCCUCAACAUGGCUUCCCAGAUCCCCUCAACCGUCCGAUCCCUCAUCCGUUCCUCCAUCUCUCAAAACCCAGUCAUGAUCUUCUCGAAAUCCUACUGCCCUUACUGCCUCCGCGUCAAGGACCUCUUCGAUGACAUCUCCGUUCCCUACAAAGCUCUCGAGCUCGACGAACACGAACUCGGUACCGAGAUCCAACAGGGCCUCAAACAGAUCUCGGGCCAGUCGACCGUCCCCAAUGUCUAUGUCAAGGGACACCAUAUCGGCGGAUCCGAUAAUACGCAGGAGGCAAAGGACACGGGAAGACUCAAGGAAUUGCUCAAUACGGAUGUCUGGGCCAAACUGCCCGAGCCUUGAAAGAGGGAAGACGUUGUGGAAGGGGAUCGAACGAAUGCUGCGCCGAUGGAUCAAGUGGGGAGCUGGAUAAUGGACACGCCCGCGAAUGGACUUCCUCCCCUUCCCCCCUCCCUCCCCUCCCUCCAUCAAGGAUGAGCUGCCUCUUUCCAAACCACCGCAUAUCAUCCAUCGGACCGACAGCAGUCCCGUCCUUUCCUCAUACAUUCCUGGAGUAUUUCUCCUCCCCGUUCCUGAUAAAUAAAAAAAAGUGAUUCAUAUUUCCCCGCAUUAUCCCUACAUAACCGAUUCUGAGCACUGCGAUCCCCAACGAUCUCAUGCUAUACAUUGCCAUUCAUACAUUAUUACCAAACAUUAUCAUUCGUGUAUGUAUGU